ACGGAGGGGUGAUGGGUACACACACAACAACCCUGUCACACAGUAGGAAUUGAACCUUUUUUUUGUUUUACUGGAUACUUCAAUUUUUCUCCUGUUAUUUUUCUCCUUAUACCAUCGCGAUAACUAAAGUUUAAAGUUUACUCAUGUAGGACCAGUUCAACUCUGAGGCAUUAUUACUUGGCAAGUGCAGUGUCUUGGGACUUCAAGCCCAAACGCCGGAAAGAAUCACGCAGGAUAUGUCUGCUUUAUGCUGGUGAGGAUGGCAUGCUUGCAUUGCCGCCCGUCCUCAAAGUCUUGCUUGUGACUAGCUGAGGUGGAGAGCGAAACACAAAAUAAGAAAAGGCGUCCUCCCGCUAACAUGUCUGUCCAAGAAGGCUCCACCUCUCCUUCACCCCUCAAGCCCGAGGUCAAGCCCAGGCCGGAGAUUGCUCCCAAACCAUCGCCUCUCCCUGCAGACGGGAGCUGCACUUCAGGCCCUUCUGGAGGAAAGGUCAAGAAGAUAGUGGACAGGUUUAGCAAGCAGGAGUCCUGCGAAGCAGGAGAGCAGACGGCUAAUGGCACAGCAGAGAGUAAGAAGUUCAAAAGGGCACCCACGAUAAAGCCCAAGCCGGGCCGCCCCAGCCUGCCCCUACUGGCCGGGCCAGAGCAGGCACCCCCGCUCCCCAAGAAACGCAGCCGCAUCCCCAAGAAACACACGGACAGUCUGGGAGGAGACGAAGGUGACAGCCUGAACGUGGAAGGAGGUCGAUCAGCCCCUGAUGGAAAGGAAGUGGAGGUUCAUCUGACUGGCGUAGGUGAAGUGGAGGCUGAAUACAGUCCGGACGGCCCCCUCAGUCCUUACUGCAACCCGAGCUGCAGCUGCCUGUGUCACCGCCAGCGCCCCGGCAUGAAACUAAUAUGGGUACCCGUGAAUUCAGAAGAUGGAGAGCAGGGUGAUGUAGAAGAGCCGGAGGACGGGGAAGAGGGGGAGGAGUGGGAGACGGCUGAUCAAGGAGGCGAAAGCGGCAGUGAGGGGGGGAAUGAGAUGGACAGUACUUCUUUGCUUGAUGAGAAAAAGGGAAAGCCAGAGUUCCAUCAGUCUUUAAAUGUGUUGCUGGCUGAGGGUCACAGGAGGCGAUCAGACCCAGGUCCUCACUCUGUCCUCACCUCCCUUGCCAUCUCUCGCUGUCAAUCUCCCCCCGUUCCUCCAAAACGUGGACGAUCACCACCAGUCCGCCAGUUCUCCCAAGAUGAAGAAGAUAUUUAUGAGAUCACCCUUCCAGCGGUGGACUUUUCUGCUAGCAAAAGCAAACCUCAGUCCAAGGAGCAGCUGGAUACUCCGAAAAUAAAAAUACGAAAACCGACACGUCGGAGUAAACUUUCCUCCAGCGUCUCAGACCCCGCAUCUGAGUUUGAGGACGUCACAAAUUCCAUCUCGAGCCCCGACGACCUUCCGCCCGCCAUCCCGCCGAGGAUCCCCAUAAUCACGGACAGCCGCAGCCUCACGCCGACGCACCAGGGCGGGGCGCCGGUCUCCCCGCCCGCAGUGGAGGAGCGGCGCUCCCUGCUAUCCUCCUCUCCCAGCAGCUCCACCACCAGCACGCUGAGCCCCCAACGAACCAUCUCUCCGCCCUCCAGCAUCCCCCUCGGGCCCAACAGACCCCCGCCUCCACCACCAAAGACGGAUCCACGGAGGCUCAGCGCUGCCUCGCUGCAAUUCCUCUCUCAGAGAAAAGAAGAGGAGAAUGGAGAGAAUGAUGGAGAGAAAGAAGACACGGACAUGUCUCCAAUGAGUAGAAACUCUCUCAAAAGGGAGAUUGCGUUCCUUUUGGACGCCCGCCUGCAGAACGAGCCGCUCUACCAGACGUACCGGGCCACCGUCAUCACAAAGGAGAUCCGUCGGCAGACAGUUUGCCGCAACAUCAGCAAAACCAGCGUGGAUUAUGCCAUGGACUGGACGGCCCGUCGCCAGGGGAACGGAUCCGGGCUGGCGGCUGGAAACACUUUGCCGCCGUCAGGCCAGAGCACCUUGUGGCAGGAGCUGCCGACGGUGCGGGACAGCGGAGUGCUGGAGCAGCUCACCCCCGAACAGUGCAAGUACCAGGAGAGUAUGUUUGAGGUGCUGACCUCUGAGGCCUCUUACCUGCGAUCCCUGCACGUUCUGACCGAACACUUCCUGGAGAACAGGGAGCUGGAGGAGACAAUGAUCAUCAGAGACAGGAAAACCCUCUUCUCCAACAUCCUGAGGGUGCGCGAGGUCAGCGAGAGGUUCUUGAGAGACCUGGAGGACCGUAUAUUCAAGGACCACGUCUUCUCUGACAUUUGCGAUAUUAUCCAGUACCACGCCCAGCACAACUUCCCCGCCUACAUCGACUACGUCCGGAACCAGAUCUACCAGGACAAGAUAUAUACGACACUCAUGAAGAACAACUCACAGUUUGCUGCAGUCAUCACUCGUCUCCAAGAGUCACCUCAGUGCCAGCGGCUGCCUUUCAUGUCCUUCCUAUUGCUGCCCUUCCAGCGAAUAACACGCAUCAAAAUGCUUAUUGAGAACAUCCUGAAAAGAACAAAAGAGGGGACAAAGGAGGAGCAGAUUGCCUCCAAGGCUUUGGAUUCUGUUUCGAAGAUCAUUGACGAGUGUAACACCGAGGUUGGAAAAAUGAGGCAGAUGGAGGAGUUGAUUCAUGUCUCUAAAACGCUGGAGUUUGACAAGCUCAAGGCCAUUCCAAUCAUCUCCACAAACCGAUACCUGGAGAAGAAGGGGGAGCUCCAGGAAAUGUCCAAAGGAGCUACUCUGUUCAACAUGAGGGGGAAGUUCACUCCGGUUUACUUCUUCCUUUUCAAUGAUCUGCUCAUCAUUGCUGCCAAGAAGGGUGCAGAGCGUUUUGUGGUGCUGGACCACGCACAUCGCUCUCUGGUGCAGGCGAAGCCGUUAGAUGAAGAGGGGACCGGCAGCUGUCCGUACGAGCACUGCUUCAACCUCACCCUGCUGGAAAACCACCAGGGUCGCAUGAUGGAGCGGCUCCUCAAAGCUCCGUCCCAGUCUGACAUGGACAGGUGGUUGGCAGCUUUCCCCAAUCCAACCAACAUCGAAGGAAAUGACGAUGAAGUGAUUUACGAGGACUGGGACUGCCCUCAGGUGCAGUGUGUGGAUCAGUACUUGGCCCAGCAAACAGAUGAGCUCACCCUGGAGCCCUCCGAGAUCGUCAACAUCAUCCGCAAAACCAAUGAAGGCUGGUAUGAGGGGACUCGCCUGUCUGACGGCCAGAAGGGCUGGUUCCCCAUUGCAAACGUCAUAGAGAUCACCAACGAGCAUGUGAGGAGGAGAAACCUCCGAGAACGCUACAGGGUCAUCCAGGCUGCUGGUUGGGUCACCAACAUCAAGACACGCACCCUGCAGUAGGAUCUGCAGAAUUAUGGAAAUGUUUACACUGAAUAACUGCUGCAAAGACAAUUCAACACAGAUUAUUCAGCACUUGUUUCUAGCAUCCAGGAAAUAACUGAGAUACAGGUGACUAUCAUGAGACAUCAUGUAAAUCAUUGCUUAUUUAUAGCAGUCAACUAAAACUCUUUGGAGUUCAGGAUCUUCAGGAUCCUCAGGAAUUGGCAACAGACCUUUUUACUGCUGAAGGAAACUGUGUUCCCUUUCAUCACGUCUGAGAAACUGCCAAAGCCACAUGCCAAUCAUGGUAGUCACCGCGCGGGCAGAACGUUCAAAUGUCAUUCCUAAGAGUCGGGAGUUACUGUAAACACGUCUGGCACCACAGUAAUUCUGCAGGUCCUGUCAUACCUGCCACGCAAACAACCUGUGGAGUUUCACCGGAGUUGCCAGGAAGAGAGAAGAGCAGGAAUUUGUACGGAUACUUCGCUUAAUCCCACAAGAAAAUGAAGCUGUCUACAUUCAAUCAGGAAGUGCCUUUGACUGAACUCAAACUACACACUUCUAUGUGAAAGCACAAGAGCUUUGGAAGUGAAGUAAAGGUAGGCCGGGCCAUUGUGUUUUACAGAUAGUGUUUAUUUAUGUCAGGAGCCAUUGUAUUAAAAAAAAA